AUGGGAGCUUAGUCGUUGUAGCUUGCAUUAAUGGAUAAAACCAGAGAAGCUCGAAGAUCAACGACAACCAUGGCUGCCUCAAAUGGAGUAACAAAACGGAGACAGAGACUCUCAGAAAACAGUCGUGAGCAGAUGCAUCAGGAGGUGGCGACGGUGAGAGAUCGACCGGGGAAGAAAGAGCGAGAUCCGGAAUCGUUCAAUCGGAGUAAGAGGAGAAGAAGCGAGAGGUUCGCGCCGAGGAACGAGAGAGAUGUGGAAGAAGAUAGCUCGGAUGAUAGUCAAGGAGACGAAGAUGUUCAGCAAAAUCAUCAGAGGAAGAGCUUCCCGUCGGGUCGAAUCCCCAGGCAUGCGGCGUCUUUGAAGGUCACCGAUAAAAUGAUCGGCGUAGCUGUCCCGAGAAAGGCUCGCUCAGCAUGUAUAAAGAGGUCGCAUGACUGCCGGACUUCCUCGGGAAGCGGUGGAGGAGGAUUUAGAGAAGACCGGCAAAGACCUCCAUCUUCUCCGGGAAGCCAUAGCUUUGAAGUUGUUUCACCGUCUUCUUCAACUCUUUCCGUCAAGCAGAAGAUUGUAAACGGAUCCAAAUCCCGGAUACCCAAGCCACCGAAAUCCUCCGGCACGGCUGAGGACGACUUGGAGAUCGAAAUAGCAGAGGUGCUCUCCGGAUUGAAAAAGCAGCCUCAUAUCUCUAAGAGAGGAAACGAUUCGGAGAAUUUCCAAAAAUCAUCGGAGGUUAAAGGUGUAGAGAUUUGCGGUUUAAUCACUUGUAAAGCGAGAAUCGAUUCAGCCAACAUUGAUAAAUCUACCAACGGAACUAAAACAUCGUUAGUAGUCUUCGCUGAUAUUCACAAGGAGAAAGAACCAAGGCAAGAUAAAGAGAGGCUAGAUUCGGAGGUGUCAAAAGGGGUUUCACAUGGUCCACAAUUGGAAAACAACAAAGAUUUUGAGAGUCAUUCUAGUAGUAGUAAGCUCGAUAUGGAUCUCAUGGUUCCUCCAACAAUGCCUUCCUCGCCAGGGAGAGUUUCUCUUCUUCCACUGGUUUCUGAUUAUUGCAAGCGAGAUAGUUCUCUAAAGAGCAAAGAGAAUGUUACUGUCAAGUCUCCAGAAGAAGUCAAACAGAAGAAGGUUGAAAAACGUGAAUGGCUGAAUCUUGAUAUAGAGGGUCCCAACCAAGAGACCGGCAGAGACUCUAAUUUAAGCUUACAGAAUUUGGAUUGGAGCCAACCUCAGCUGGCUAAAUCUGCUCAGCAGAGUUCAGUCUUACCUUUGCCAGUAGCUGUAGGCAGCUCGCCUAGCGGGGUUCCUCCUCGGGGAUAUGUACCCCAGACCGGUAAACCUGUGGAUGGGAGCAAUGGAUCUUCUACUUUGGUGCAGCCUAGGCCUAAAAGGUGUGCCACACACUUUUUCAUUGCUCGGAACAUUCAGCUACAUCAGCAUUUCGUCAAAACAAACCAUCUCUCUACACCAAGCAAAGGUUCUGUUUAUCUGAAAGGUGGUGACUUGAGGCCAGCCGCUGGAAACCCAUCCUUGCAAGGAAGCUCUCCUAUUCUCAGUUUAAACUCCCAGGCACACGAUAGAAUCGUAGAUAAUAUUUCUGUGCAUAAGGAUAAAGCCUCUGAAAGUGGUCAUUUUGCCUCAACCAGACAGAAUAAACCUCAACCACCCCCUGCAUCAAUUAGUGUAGUGCCUGCUCCAGCUUUCAUCUUCCCCGCAAACCACCAUUUGCAACCAGUCAUGGUACCUUCUAAAUCUUCUCGCCCAACAAAGAGCCCACGUGUGGCUGUUGGUUCAGCAUCUGUUAACUUCACCCAUCCAAGUUCAUCAGCCAGCGAAGUUUCUUCUCCAUAUUUUACAGUUCUUCCAAACAAUGCAUAUUCCUUUCAACUGUCAUCAACCAUCAGAGGUGGGACUCCAAGCCAGGCGGUGCCUUUCUACAAUGGGUCUUUUUACUCGCCGCAGAUGUUCCAACAACAUCCUCAGCCUCUGCAGAGACAGAGUCAAGCCCAAAGGGAGUCAAAGGCUUCAGGCUGUUCCUCAUCAUCCCACAGGCAAUUGCAACCGCAAGUUAGUGUGAAUAGUCUUUCAAGCCAAGCUAAUGUUCAACAACACCGUCAAAUGUCACAAAAGUCUGAGGCUAAAGCAGCUGGAGAUAACACUGAUUCAAGGGGAAGCCACACUCAGAAAGGAGGCCCAUUUGGCCAGAUCAUGACAGCGCCUGUUCAACCACAAAACUUUUCCAUGUCGUUUGCGUCUUUCGCCAACAGUGCUGCCCCUGCAACUCUGAAUUUCUCCUCCAAUGGGUAUCACAUCAUCUCUACACCUCCUGGUGUUGCUCACCAGAAAAACCAUCAAUCAAGUGAGGCAAAGACUGGAGGUGGAAGCUGUUCAAGCAAUGCUGAAGACCCGAAAAAGAAUCUUCCAGGGAAGCCUCCAGGGAUGAUGAAUGGACAGACGCUGGUUUUUGACAAUCCAUCGAGAACCCUCAACUUUGUUUCUGGUACUUGGCCUCCUCCUGCAGCAACAGCAAUAAAUGGAGACCCUUCAGUGUUUACCCAGCAUCUUACGCAGAGACAGCAGCAAUCUGGUCGGAGUAAAAUGAUGACUCAUUCGCAGGCUGACUCUGUUUCUGCCCCGUCAUCCCAGUGGAAAAACCCUGCAACCUCAUCAUCACUCACGUCCUGUACUUCCUUAAACCUCAAGCAGUUCCAGUCGCAGCAGCAGACCAGAACUCACGGACAGACACAGAUUUCUUUUGCAGCACCAUCAAAUCCGCAGCCUUCUCAGGGGAAACAGGGGAGAUCUGGUGGCUCUUCUUCUUCGGUCACUGGGUAUGCUUCACAUGGCAAAGCAGCAAACCCUAAGGUCAGCAAUAGCAAAGCCUUGCCAUUAUCACCUGUUCCUUUGUCACGGGAACAGACAGAGAAUUCAGCGUCCGGGUCGUCCCAGAAAACCUCUCCCGUUUGUGGAAGGACCGUGCCACCUAUUAUAACUUCGUGCCCGGGUCAUUUGUCUGAGCUAAAGUACUAGUUCCAUUGAAGCAGACGUUUAAAGCCACCAUUUUUGCAGUGUCUAGCUUCGAAUAGGCUAUUCCUAGAUGAGGUAAUACCCUAGUGCUUAGUAAAAGUACACCUCUUCU